AUGACAGCAGCAGUGGAGGUACCUUCCAAUGCUAUGUGGGUGUAUGACAGCAGCAGUGGAGCAGCAGUGGAGGUACCUUCCAAGGCUAUGUGGGUAAAUGACAGCAGCAGUGGAGGUACCUUCCAAGGCUAUGUGGAUGAAUUGACAGCAGCAGUGGAGGUACCUUCCAAGGCUAUGUGGGUGUAUGACAGCAGCAGUGGAGGUACCUUCCAAGGCUAUGUGGCAGCAGUGGAGGUACCUUCCAAAGCUAUGUGGGUGUAUUACAGCAGCAGUGGAGGUACCUUCCAAAGCUAUGUGGGUGUAUUUACAGCAGCAGUGGAGGUACCUUCCAAAGAUUUGUGGGUGAAUUACAGCAGCAGUGGAGGUACCUUCCAAAGCUAUGAGGGUGUAUUACAGCAGCAGUGGAGGUACCUUUCAAAGCUAUGUGGGUGUAUUACAGCAGCAGUGGAGGUACCUUUCAAAGCUAUGUGGGUGUAUUACAGCAGCAGUGGGGGUGCCUUCCAAAGAUAUAUUGACAACUCAACAAUAAAUCAUUGUUCAUCGUCAAGUGGGCCGCAAAAGAAAAUGGCUAAGAAGCUUUAUGUUUCCAAGCUUAGCAUUGCGAUAGCUGCGUCCUUGCUUGGAGCCAUCGUCUGGAUUGUGUUGUAUCGGUUGUCAUCUGACGACAUACAACCAAGUAUCUUAUUCAGCGUUUCAAUAAGCGCAUCGUUUGACAUUGAAACAAAAGAGCGGAAAGAAAAUGAUUCCGGGAAAAGUCAUCUGAAAAUCGAAUGGAAUCCGACUACAGAGAAAAUUAAUUUUCAUCAAACAGAAAUAAUUUCCUCAGACAUCAAUUUCGAAUCAUUUGCCAUCAAGGCAGAUGGUAGACAGACUAUCGGUUUCUCCCACAUGAAUAUUACCGAAGCAUUCUGUGUUGAAGACGUUUCACCGCCACAAUGGGUUGGCAUUAUAGAACAUAUUGCGUCAACGAACAACUGGCGUAGGGGUGUACCAGUAGAUCGCUGUCACGGAAACGUCUGGUAUACAUAUUACAAAGGUAACAUCACUGAAAUAUGUAGCAAUGCAAAUCAGUUACAGUAUGUUACCCACCAAAACAGUCGCGCCGAGGUAGCCACUUGGACCAAAACCGAAAAGCAAAAUAUACAUAUCAGAUCCGAUGUCCUAAAUGGCCAGUGCCGCAAUAUCAGUCAAGCAAAUUACAAAAAACAACAUAAACCUAGAAAAAUUAAAAGAGAUUCUGAAGUUUUGCCGAUCACGUGCUUGUUUGUACACGGAUCAGGUAAUGUGAAUUCUGGCAACACGAUCCUUCCGGAUCUGACCGAAUAUUGGGGAGACGUACGGGAUUACACACCAAAAUGUUCCACGCAUAAAUUUCUUAAUUACAACAGUAGAGACUAUGGCUGGGAUGCGGACAAUCUCCACCAAACAUUUUGUGAUGCUGCUGCCCCUAAUGGAACCAUUCACAAUACCGUAAUAUUUUCACACUCCAUGGGAAAUUUGGUGGUCGCAGCCGCCCUGCACAGAAAUAAUUGUACCUUUAAUCAGACAACAAGUCGUUGGUUCUCAGUGCAGGGUUUGUGGUCAGGAACUGCUGCAGCCAACUAUAUUUCAGAAAUUUGCAGAAGCUAUCCGGUUCUAGGAUACGUAUUUCAGAAGUUAGGCUGGUACUGUAAGGAAACCGAAGGCAGUGUAUUCAAUGUGUACAGUACUUUGAGUACCGAUUACAUAUCACCUACUGGUGUCACCUUUGCCAAUCUAACAGACGUCGGAAGGAGGUUUGUUUCGGGAGUGAUGUGCGGCAUGAGCAGUUGGGGUCAGAUGGAGUAUUUCUUCGAGAGUUGGUUUUUAUCUAAAGUGCAGGAUAGUAGUCACUUAGGGGAGCCCAAUGAUGGAAUGGUAUCUUUCGAUUCCUGUAACCUUAAGAAUGAAUCAUUCGAUAAAAGAACCUCGCAGCCGUAUUACGCAGCUAAAAUCAACCACGCCGACGGCACUUCAAUAUCUUCGAGUACACUGGCAUCCUACAUCUACUCUGAUUCAGCAUCAACCACAAGUCAAUCACAGGAACAGAUCACUCACACGACGUCUGAUCAAAGUACUAAACUUCAUAGCGCAACAUCAAUGGUACUGACAGGAGGCUCCUCACAUAGCCCGACAAGGGACACCACCUGGUCAGGUACUGUUACAGUCACGACUUUCCUACCAACUAAUGAAGACAUGUCUACGUCUAGCGCUGAAAGUGCCCCGUCUUCUAGAAAUAUAGACACCACAACCGAGGCCGAUACACAAACCUUUACUACUAUAAUGAAAAGAACAAUUUCCGACAGCAAGUUUGACGUUACUACUUUUGAAGGAAGAGAAGAGCAGACCAAAGUUAAAAGCAAUAUCGAUACCAAUAGGUAUGCCGACAAUGUGCGUACCGGCACCUCUCCUACCAAUGUAGACACUCAAGGGUCGUCUCAAGUCAAUGUGAUUACUGACCCAUCUACUACCAAUACUGACACCCAAGGGUCGUCCCAAGACAAUGUGAGUACCGGCACCUCUGCUACCAAUGUAGACACUCAAGGGUCGUCUCAAAUCAAUGUGAUUUCUGACCCAUCUACUACCAAUACUGACACCCAAGGGUCGUCUCAAAUCAAUGUAAUUACUGACCCAUCUACUACCAAUACUGACACCCAAGGGUCGUCUCAAAACAAUGUGAUUACUGACCCAUCUACUACCAAUACUGACACCCAAGGGUCGUCUCAAAUCAAUGUAAUUACUGACCCAUCUACUACCAAUACUGACACCCAAGGGUCGUCUCAAAUCAAUGUGAUUACUGACCCAUCUACUACCAAUACUGACACCCAAGGGUCGUCUCAAAUCAAUGUAAUUACUGACCCAUCUACUACCAAUACUGACACCCAAGGGUCGUCUCAAAUCAAUGUGAUUACUGACCCAUCUACUACCAAUACUGACACCCAAGGGUCGUCCCAAGAUAAUGUGAUUACUGACCCAUCUACUACCAAUACUGACACCCAAGGGUCGUCUCAAAUCAAUGUGAUUACUGACCCAUCUACUACCAAUACUGACACCCAAGGGUCGUCCCAAGACAAUGUGAUUACUGACCCAUCUACUACCAAUACUGACACCCAAGGGUCGUCUCAAGUCAAUGUGAUUACUGACCCAUCUACUACCAAUACUGACACCCAAGGGUCGUCUCAAAUCAAUGUGAUUACUGGCCCAUCUACUACCAAUACUGACACCCAAGGGUCGUCUCAAAUCAAUGUGAUUACUGACCAAUCUACUACCAAUACUGACACCCAAGGGUCGUCCCAAGACAAUGUGAUUACUGACCCAUCUACUACCAAUACUGACACCCAAGGGUCGUCUCAAAUCAAUGUAAUUACUGACCCAUCUACUACCAAUACUGACACCCAAGGGUCGUCUCAAAUCAAUGUGAUUACUGACCCAUCUACUACCAAUACUGACACCCAAGGGUCGUCUCAAAACAAUGUAAUUACUGGCCCAUCUACUACCAAUACUGACACCCAAGGGUCGUCUCAAAUCAAUGUGAUUACUGACCCAUCAACUACCAAUACUGACACCCAAGGGUCGUCCCAAGACAAUGUAAUUACUGACCCAUCUACUACCAAUACUGACACCCAAGGGUCGUCUCAAAUCAAUGUGAUUACUGACCCAUCAACUACCAAUACUGACACCCAAGGGUCGUCUCAAAACAAUGUAAUUACUGACCCAUCUACUACCAAUACUGACACCCAAGGGUCGUCUCAAAACAGUGUAAUUACUGACCCAUCUACUACCAAUACUGACAUCCAAGGGUCGUCUCAAAACAAUGUAAUUACUGACCCAUCUACUACCAAUACUUACACCCAAGGGUCGUCUCAAAACAAUGUAAUUACUGGCCCAUCUACUACCAAUACUGACACCCAAGGGUCGUCUCAAAUCAAUGUGAUUACUGACCCAUCUACUACCAAUACUGACACCCAAGGGUCGUCUCAAAACAGUGUAAUUACUGACCCAUCUACUACCAAUACUGACAUCCAAGGGUCGUCUCAAAACAAUGUAAUUACUGACCCAUCUACUACCAAUACUGACACCCAAGGGUCGUCUCAAAACAAUGUAAUUACUGGCCCAUCUACUACCAAUACUGACACCCAAGGGUCGUCUCAAAACAGUGUAAUUACUGACCCAUCUACUACCAAUACUGACAUCCAAGGGUCGUCUCAAAACAAUGUAAUUACUGGCCCAUCUACUAUCAAUACUGACACCCAAGGGUCGUCUCAAAUCAAUGUGAUUACUGACCCAUCUACUACCAAUACUGACACCCAAGGGUCGUCUCAAAUCAAUGUGAUUACUGACCCAUCUACUACCAAUACUGACACCCAAGGGUCGUCUCAAAACAGUGUGAUUACUGACCCAUCUACUACCAAUACUGACAUCCAAGGGUCGUCUCAAAACAAUGUAAUUACUGACCCAUCUACUACCAAUACUGACACCCAAGGGUCGUCUCAAAACAAUGUAAUUACUGGCCCAUCUACUACCAAUACUGACACCCAAGGGUCGUCUCAAAUCAAUGUGAUUACUGACCCAUCUACUACCAAUACUGACACCCAAGGGUCGUCUCAAAACAGUGUAAUUACUGACCCAUCUACUACCAAUACUGACACCCAAGGGUCGUCCCAAGACAAUGUGAGUACCGGCACCUCUGCUACCAAUGUAGACACUCAAGGGUCGUCCCAAGACAAUGUGAGUACCGGCACCUCUGCUACCAAUGUAGACAUCAACGAGUCGUCUCAAGACAAUGUGAAUACUGACCCGUCUAUUACCAAUGCAGACAUGCAUGGGUCGUCUCUAGAUACUUUGAAUACCGACAUAUCUACUACCAACCUGGAUAUUAAUGAGGCGAUUACUGACAGUGUGAAUACUAGCAACUCUACAAUCAGUGGUGCUUUAAAUGGCUCGUCUACUGAUGUUAAGGAUACUGGUAAAUCUACUAAUGGUGGUAAUGGAUAUGAUGACAAUAUGACUACCGUCACCUCUACUACCGAUGUGGACAUUAGAUCCUUUAGUGGCACUUUGACAACAUUAACUAAUGACAACAUCCAGGCAACGGCAAGUGGUGGUAAUGUACACACGAUGACAACGCAUGUUCAAACACCAAUAACGACAACUAAUGAUAACGAUCACACGACUGUAACCAAUAACAAUAUUCCCACGACUAAACCCUCAGCUAAUGAUAAUGUUCACUUGACAACAGCUGACGACAAUAUUCCCACGACUGCAAUAUUUAUUCAUGAUAAUGUUCCCAUUACUAAAUCCACUGAUAAUAUUCUCACGACUACAACGUCGACCACUGGUAAUGGUCAUACGACUGUAUCUGAUGAAAAUGUUCCCACGACCAAAACUGAUAACAAUGUUCCCAUGACUGCAAGCUCAACCUAUGAUAAUGUUCCCAUCACUGCUACUGAAAAUGUUCCUAAGACUAUAACUGCUGGGAAUGGUCCUACGACUGCAUCUGAGGAAAAUGUCCCCACGACCAAAACUGAUGUCAAUGUUCCCACGACUGCAAUCUUAACUUAUAAUAAUGUCUCCAUGGAUACAACUCCUGACAGUGAUCCUAUAGUUCAGGCUGGUGAUGACGUUCCCACGACAACUGCUGACAAUCGUCCUACGACUACAGUUGAUGACAAGUUCAAGACUACAACCUCAACGUAUGGUAAUGUUCCAAUAUCAACACCUACUGAAAAUGUGUACACGACUGCAACUGAUGACAAUGUCCCCACGACUGCAACAUCAACUAAAGAUAAUGUUCUAAUGACUACAACCGUUGACAAUAUUCUCACGAGUACAACUGAUGACAAUGGUCCAUUAACUGCAAUCUCAACGUAUAAUGAUGUUCCCAUGGCUAUUUUUACUGACAAUGUUCCCACGACUGCAACUGCUAACAAUGAUCCAAUGACUACAGCUGAUGACAAUGUUUCCUUGACUGCAUCAUCAACGCAUAAUAAUGUUCCCAUGACAACAACUGCUGACAAUGAUCCUAAGAAUAAAACCUCAACUGAAUACAAUGUUCCCAUAACCACAGCUACUAGGAAUGUUCCCACGACUGCAACUGCUGACCAUGAUCCUGCGACUAUAACUAGUGACACUGUUCCUACAACUUCAACUGAUAACUAUGUUCCAACGAGUGCAACCACAACUAAUAAUAAUGUUCCCAUGAUUACAGCUACUAACAAUAUUCAUACGACCACAACUGCUGUCAAUAAUCCUACUGUUACAGCUGAUGACAAUAUUCACACGACUUCAACUGAUGAUAGUGUUCUCUCUACUACUACUCAUGUUGGUAAUGUUCACAUGACUACAACUAAUGACAAUGCCUCUGAGACUACCACUGAUGAUGAAAUUCCCACAACUACAGCUAUUAAUAAUUUCCCUACAACUGUUACUGAUGACAAUUUUCCCUCGAAAACCUCUAGCAAUAGUAUUCACACGACUACAACAUAUAAUCUUGAAACAACUUUAGCCGAUAUUGAUAUUCACAUUACUACCACGGAUAACAAUAUCUCCACGACUACCACUGAUAACAAUGUCUCCACGACUACCACUGAUGACAAUGUCUCCAUGCCUACAACUGAUGGCAAUGUCUACACGACUACAACUGAUAACAAUCUAUCCACAACUACAACUGAUGACAAUCUCUCCACGACUACAACUGAUGACAAUAUAUCCACGAUUACCACUGAUGACAAUGUCUCCACGACUACCACUGAUGACAAUGUCUCCACGAUUACCACUGAUGACAAUGUCUCCACGAUUACCACUGAUGACAAUGUCUCCACGAUUACCACUGAUGACAAUGUCUCCACGACUACAACUGAUGACAAUGUUCUCACGACUACCACUGAUGACAAUGUACCCAGGGCUACAACUGAUGACAGUGUCUCCACGACUACCACUGAUGGCAAUGUAUCUACGACUACAACUAAUGACAAUGUAUCCACGACUACAACUGAUGACAAUGUCUCCACGACUACAACUGAUGACAAUGUCUCCACGACUACCACUGAUGACAAUGUCUCUACGACUACAACUGAUGACAAUGUCUCCACGACUAAACUGAUGACAAUGUCUCCACGACUACAACUGAUGACAAUGUAUCCACGACUCCCACUGAUGACAAUGUCUCCACGACUACCACUGAUGACAAUGUCUUCACGACUACAACUGAUGACAAUGUCGCCACGACUACCACUGAUGACAAUGACUCCCACUGAUGACAAUGUCUCCAGGACUACCACUGAUGACAAUGGUUCAACGAUUACCACUGCUGACAAUGUAUCCACGACUACUACUAAUGACAAUGUCUUCACGACUACAACAGAUGACAAUGUAUCCACGACUACCACUGAUGACAAUGUCUCUACGACUAAAACUGAUGACAAUGUCUCCACGACUACCACUGAUGAAAACGUCUCUACGACUACAACUGAUGACAAUGUCGCCACGACUACAACUGAUGACAAAGUAUCCACGACUACAACUGAUAACAAUAUCACCACGACUACAACUGAUGACCAUGUCUCUACGACUACAACUGAUAACAAUAUCUCCACGACUACAACUGAUGACAAUGUCACCACGACUACCACUGAUGACAAUGUCUCCACGACUACCACUGAUGACAAUGUAUCCACGAUUACAACUGAUAACAAUGUUUCCACGACUACAACUGAUGACAAUGUCUCCACGACUACCACUGAUGACAAUGUAUCCACGACUACCACUGAUAACAAAGUAUCUACAACUACCACUGAUGACAAUAUCUUCACGACUACAACUGAUUACAAUGUCUUCACGACUAAAACUGAUGACAAUGUAUCCACGACUACCACUGAUGACAAAGUAUCUACAACUACCAUUGAUGACAAUGUCUUCACGACUACAACUGAUGACAAUGUUUUCACGACUACCAAUGAUGACAAUAUAUCCACGACUACCACUGAUGACAAUGUCUCCACGACUACCACUAAUGAACACGUCUCAACGACUACAACUGAUGACUAUGUCGCCACGACUACAACUGAUGACAAUGGUUCAACAAUUACCACUGCUGACAAUGUAUCCACGACUACUACUAAUGACAAUGUCUUCACGACUACAACAGAUGACAAUGUCUCUACGACUAAAACUGAUGACAAUGUCUCCACGACUACCACUGAUGACAACGUCUCUACGACUACAACUGAUGACAAUGUCGCCACGACUACAACUGAUGACAAAGUAUCCACGACUACAACUGAUAACAAUAUCACCACGACUACAACUGAUAACAAUGUCUCCACGACUACAACUGAUAACAAUGUCUCCACGAUUACCACUGAUGACAAUGUCUCCACGACUACAACUGAUGACAAUGUUCUCACGACUACCACUGAUGACAAUGUACCCAGGGCUACAACUGAUGACAGUGUCUCCACGACUACAUGA